UCUGCUGCCAGGCGAGAAGCAUGGCGUCCUUCCGCCUCACCAUCGAAGACGGCCAGUUCCGCGAUGCCCACGGCCGCCAGGUCGUUCUUCGCGGCAUCAACGUCGCCGGAGACACGAAGCUGCCCAGCGAACCCAACCAGCCCUCGCACGUCGGUGACGACUUCUUCGACGGCGACAAUGUGACGUUUCACCAGCGGCCGUUCACCAAGGAAGACGCCCCGAUUCACUUUGCGAGGAUCAAGCGGUUCGGUUUCAACACGAUUCGAUAUCUGUUUACAUGGGAGGCUCUGGAAGCAGCUGGGCCGGGCAUCUACGAUGAGGAAUACAUCCAGCACACCAUCGAGGUCCUGAGGAUUGCCAAGUCGUAUGGCUUCUAUGUCUUCAUGGAUCCUCACCAGGACGUCUGGUCCAGGUUCACCGGCGGUUCUGGAGCUCCGAUGUGGACGAUCUAUGCCUGUGGGCUGAAUCCCCAGAGCUUUGCUGCCACCGAGGCGGCCAUCGUGCACAACACAUACCCCGAUCCCGACAACUUCCCCAAGAUGAUCUGGUCGACCAACUACUACCGACUCGCUGCGGGCACCAUCUUCACUUUCUUCUUUGCCGGCAGGGAUUUUGCCCCGAAAUGCAUCAUCGACGGCGUCAAUAUCCAGGAUUACCUGCAGGACCACUUCAUCAACGCCUGUGCCCAUCUAGCGAAGCGCAUCCACGAGGCGGGGGAUCUCGAAAACGAAGUCGUCAUUGGCUGGGAGAGCAUGAACGAGCCAAACAGAGGCAUGACUGGCUAUGCUGACCUGACCGUCAUCCCCAAGGAACACCCUCUCAAGAAGGGCACGUGCCCCACCAUGUGGCAGACGUUCCUCACAGGCAUGGGCCGAGCUUGCGAGAUUGAUACCUGGGAAAUGGGUGGUCUCGGCCCCUACAAGACAGGGACGAAGCUUGUGGACCCCCACGGCGAGAUUGCUUGGCUGCCUGAAGACUACGACGACUCGAGGUAUGGGUGGAAGCGCGAUGCUGGGUGGAAGCUGGGCGAAUGUGUCUGGGCCCAACACGGCGUGUGGGACAUCGCAACAGAUACCCUCUUGAAGAAGGAUUACUUUGCAAAGAACCCCAACACUGGCAAGAAGAUUGACUAUCCAGAGUUCACAAACACCUACUUUAUGGACUUUUGGAGGAAGACGAUCAAGGCUUGCCGCAGCCACCAUAAGGAUUGCAUCAUGCUUAUGCAGUAUCCGACCCUGGAGCUCCCGCCCCAGAUUAAGGGCACAGAAGACGAUGACCCAAAGCUGGCCUUUACGCCUCACUUCUACGACGGCAUUACCCUCAUGACGAAGCAUUGGAACAGCACUUGGAACGUCGACGUCGUCGGCGUGCUGCGCGGCAAGUACUGGCACCCUGCUUUUGCCAUUCGAGUCGGCGAGACGGCUAUUCGAAACUGCUUGCGGGAUCAGCUGGCAACCCUCCGACAAGAAGGCCUUGAUAGGAUGGGCAAUCAUCCUUGCCUGAUGACAGAGUUUGGCAUCCCAUAUGACAUGGAUGACAAGAAAGCAUACAAGACGGGAGACUAUUCGAGCCAGUCUGCAGCACUGGAUGCCAACUAUUUUGCGGCGGAGGGAUCAGGCAUGGAAGGGUACUGUCUAUGGGUGUACUCCACAACCAACGAUCACGAGAGGGGGGACCAGUGGAACGGGGAGGAUUUAUCCAUCAUCUCGGUGGAUGAUAAGCUCCCCGAGACGUCAGCCAUCAUGAGUGAGCCUGCGUUGGACCAAUCAACGACGAGUCUCGUGAAGAACGGCACCACUGUCGCUACUGCGGAAGCUCUGGAUGAUGCAGGCGUCAACCCUGGAAAUCUACAGCGCACACUCACGAACCCAUCCAUCAGCUCUGCCCCCUCUGACAAGGACCCCGAGCUGGCGAAUACCCCGGGCUACCGUGCCGCAGAGGCCUUUAUUCGCCCAACACCAACAGUUGUGGCGGGGAAACUUGUCUCUUCGGGCUUUGAUCUACGUAAAUGCACGUUUAACAUCAAGGUUUCAGCCCCCCAAGCAGCAGCUGACGAUACACCGACGGUCAUAUUCCUUCCAGAGUACCACUUUCCGAAGUCAGAGUGUGAGGUUACCGUUUCGGAUGGCAGAUGGGAGAUUAGCCUCGAUAACAGCGAGGGAACACUCGGCACAUCUGACGAAGCAGGCUACUUGGAGCAGUGCCAGGCAGGAUACGGCCUGAACAUGGGAAGCUGCUGUGUCAUGUGA